AUGGGACACGAGCUCCAGGACAACUUCGUCUGGCCGAUGUGCGUCAACGUCACCUGUCUCUCCGUUAACGCCAGCAACGGAUCGGCGGAAAAUGCCACCGAGGCCCCCUCGGCCCCUACGCUCACGACGGGCGCCCUGGUACGCGUGGUGGUGCUCCUGGUGAUCGCGACCCUGUCGCUUGUGGGCAACUCGGCCACCCUCGUGUCCAUCUGGCACAUGAGCCGUGCGGCGCGCUCGUCUCUUUACCUGCUCUUAGCGCACCUGUCCGUGGCCGACCUGCUCGUGACGGCCUGGUGUGUGCUGGCCGAGGCCGCCUGGACGGCCACAGUGCAGUGGCUCGGCGGAGACCUUCUCUGCAAGCUGUUCAAGUACAUGCAGAUGUUUUCGCUUUACCUGUCCACGUUCAUCCUUGUGGUGAUUGGUUAUGAUCAGCUUCUCGCGCUGAGGUACCCCAUGGAGCGUGCCAGGAAUCGCAAGUGCACAAAGAGACUCAUCCUGGCGGUGUGGGUACUAAGCGCGCUGCUGAGUCUGCCACAGAAUUUGCAACCGUUUUCGAACUGUCUCUUCUUGGUAUAUUUUGUCACGCCUACCCUGAAAACCCAGGGUCAAAAGGCAGGUGUCCACUAA